AACCCUACCUUGUGACACUUCUCCCGGAGUCUAUUCUGCACGGCCGAAUCGCUUUUUGUUUUGGUUAUAAUUUUCUUUUGAUAGUGUAGUGGUUGCACGCAAAGCCGGUGAAUGUCUUUUAUUAAAUUCGGCUUAGUCUCAUACCGGAUGUAUUUGUAGAGAAAUGUGUACAACAAUUAUAACGACAGGAUUGCCUUUUCGGCUCGCGAAUAAUUUUAGAAUUGGCAUCGGAAGGAUCAGCAGGAUCGAAUCGACAACAAAGUUUGCCUCUCGUUACUUAACAUGCUGCGGCACGAAUAAUUUCCGUUGGCACGGAGAGACCGCUUCCCCACAGAACGUGCAUCGCAAUGAGUUCUUGAAUGCGGAGUGCUCGUCCCGGCUUCUAUUUUUAAAAUAUGGUUUUAGUACGAAGAACAGCGACAUUGAGAAGGGAAUCAUCCCGGGAGUUCCAAUACCGAAGCAUCACUCCCUUAGCGGAAAUGGGAAGGACAAGGCGGAGCAAAGUGAUGACGAUGUUCCCAAAAAGCUGGGCUUGUUUGCGCGUUUCAAGCUCAUGUACAAACAAUAUUGGUACGUCUUGAUACCCGUGCAUGUGAUCACGUCCGUUGGCUGGUUCGCCGGCUUUUAUUACUUGUCGCAAAGCGGUGUGGACAUCCCAGCGGUGCUGGAGACGCUGCGAGUGAGCGAAACUAUCAUUGACAAAUUGAAGGACUCCAGCAUGGGGCAUGUGGCGAUCGCGUAUCUUUGCUACAAAAUCGCGACGCCGGUCCGGUAUAUGGUGACACUCGGCGGAACCACCAUAUCAAUUAAAUAUCUUGAGCAGUAUGGUUACAUAAAGCCGAUGCCGACGAGGAAUGAACUAUUUCAAAUGUAUGAAGAUAAAAAAGCGGAACGUGCGCGUCGUCAGCAAAGAUAACUGGACGAUGGAAGUGCAUGUGCAUAUAGUGAGUGCCCGAAAAAUAUCAGCAUAUAAGCGCAUAUUAAUAUUUUUUUGAUACUGAACCUUUUCAUUUCGUAUUACAAAUCUGUACAUAAUAGAAAUAUAUGUCAUAAAUGAUGAAGUUCUCAAAGGAUCUGAUCUAGUUGUAUUUGUUGAGUUGAAAUAUGUAAAUUACGAAAUGUGUUCGUUUAUAAUAUACUGGAUUAAUAAUACGAUUGUUAUAAAAAUUGUGAAAUAUGUCGAGAUAUAUAUAUAUAUACAUUUCACAAUCUA